AUGCUGCAACGACUGGCACAGUACCUCCACGCGACCCGCACGGAGGGAAUCCUCAUGCUAAGAGGAACAAAACAGGGCAUCACAAUCGACGCGUUCUCGGACGCCGACUAUGCCAACGACGAGACGACGCGAAAACCUGUCACCGGCUCUAUCACGCUGCUUAACGGCUCCCCGGUACAAUGGCUCUCACGACAACAACCGAUCGUCACCAAGAGCACAUGUGAGGCGGAAUACAUAGCAGCCGCCGAAACCGCCACCCUCACAAUCUGGCUCGCCAACAUGAUGAAGGAAACGAGCAUACCGACCCGCCAACCCGUCCUGCACGUCGACAAUACGGCCGCCGUGCAGAUGGCCAAAAACACCGGCGCGACGCGCAGAAGGAAAUGUAUCGAUGUACGAUACCAUUUCCUGCACGAGACAGUUCAAACCGGCAAACUCAAAGUAUCGCGCAUUUCCACCACAGAGCAAAAAGCCGACAUAUUAACGAAACCUCUCAAAAACACGCUGUUCCAAAAACAUAAGCACAGCAUACAAAUCAAUCCACCCCCCGCACCGCCAGGAAGCCCUCGCGUCCGGGGGAGUGUGGUUCCUUCCAGAACCGCCAACGACGCUCAGACUUCCUAA